UUUCGCUUCCUGUCCACAGCUUCCGUCCUCUCAGUUCCCUCACGGCACCGACACCUGCUAGGGCUGAGCCUCCCUAGGCCCUGUCUAGCCUUAAAUCGGCCCUCGAUCCCUCCGGCUGCAGAAGUCUCUACCUUCAAUGAGAGGAAGGGUGGAUCCAGGUCUCUUGAGAACCGAGGGCUGAGGGCAUUGAGCCAACGCAUAGACCUGUCACCUCUGCCCUCGAAGACACUUGUGGCCUCCAUGCGGAGCCAAGAUGGGAAACAGAAACGAGGAAGAUUAUAACUUUGUCUUCAAGGUGGUGCUGAUCGGCGAGUCUGGUGUGGGGAAGACCAAUCUGCUGUCCCGAUUCACUCGCAAUGAGUUCAGCCACGACAGCCGCACCACCAUCGGGGUUGAGUUCUCCACCCGCACUGUCAUGCUGGGCACCGCCGCUGUCAAGGCUCAGAUCUGGGACACGGCUGGCUUGGAGCGGUACCGAGCCAUCACCUCGGCGUACUAUCGUGGUGCGGUGGGGGCCCUACUGGUGUUUGACCUAACCAAGCACCAGACCUACGCCGUGGUAGAGCGCUGGCUGAAGGAGCUCUACGACCACGCCGAGGCCACUAUCGUUGUCAUGCUCGUGGGUAACAAGAGUGACCUCAGCCAGGCCCGGGAGGUGCCCACUGACGAGGCCCGCAUGUUCGCUGCACUGCCCUCUGCCGUCUCAGAGAUCUUCGCAAAGGUGUCCAAGCAGAGGCAGAACAGCAGCCGGACCAGUGCCGUCACUCUGGGCAGUGCCCAGGCUGGGCAGGAGCUGGGCCCUGGUGAGAAGAGGGCCUGUUGCAUCAGCCUCUAACCUUAGCUAGCGCUGACCCUGUCCCCACUAGCUUUCUGGCGCGCCCCCCACCUCAGCCACCCCCAGCUCCAGGAGCUUUCCCUGCCCUGUGGUUCCAGAUGUCAGAGUGGCUGGUUCCCUGUUCACAGCCCCGCAGAGCUCUAAGGUCUUCAUGCCCCCGACCCACAUAUCUCUUAUUAUCUGUUUACCUCCUCACAGACUAGAGCCCUCAAAUAAAGCUGUGUUUUGUAUCAAU